UCGGUUAAUGCCUAGUCCUAGUGCGGUGUGGGGGUGGGUUGGGAGAAGAAAUUGAAACACGCUGCCUCCUCCAUGGACGACGAUUUGCUUCUCAAGAGCUUCUACGCCGAAGUCAGCGAAGUCGAGAGGGACAACCAAGUCCUCAGGAUCCUCAACUGCUUCAAGUUAAAUCCUUUCGAGUAUCUCAACUUACCGUUUGAUGCAACCGAAGAUGAUGUUAAAAAACAGUAUCGAAAGUUGUCUUUGAUGGUUCAUCCUGAUAAGUGCAAGCAUCCGCAAGCUAAGGAGGCUUUUGGAGCAUUGGCGAAAGCCCACCAACUUUUACUCGAUCAACAAGAAAGGGACUAUAUCAUUAGCCAAGUCUCUGCGGCCAAAGAUGAACUCAGGGCAAAAAGGAAGAAGCAGUUGAAGAAAGAUACAGCUUCUAAAAUAAAGUCAUUAGUCGAUGAGGGAAAAUAUGAGCAACAGUAUGAGCAGUCAGAAGAGUUUCAGCAAGAACUAAAAAAGAAGGUUCGAGAAAUAUUAACAGAACAAGAAUGGCGGAGGAGAAAAAUGCAAAUGAGGAUAUCAGAAGAGGAAGGAAGAUUGAAAAAAGAUGAAGAAGAAGCCAAAGAGAUGUGGAAAAGAAAACGAGAUCAUGAGGCAGCAUGGGAAGAUACAAGAGAAAACAGGGUUUCAAGCUGGAGAGAUUUUAAAAAGGGUGGAAAGAAGGCCAAGAAAGGAGAACUUCGUCCUCCCAAACUAAAAACUGAAGAUCCUAACAAGUCUUAUGUCCAAAGGCCCGUGAAACGCGGCUGACUGGUCUGCUUUUCAUCUGGUAGGGUCUUGGUAGGUUGUCGUCGAUGAUUACCCAAGCUUUCUGGGGAUCAGAAAGUUGGAGGAUGUGUAUGAUUAUGCGUCUUUGACUUGUUUGGAAACAGGAUUUUCAUUGUAUCAAAUCCGAUGUAUGAUUAGUUUCAUACUACCAAAGUUAUUUAAAUCUUUGUAACUAAUUCUGGCCCUUGAUUACAUAAAAAAAAACAUUAUGAAUGAUUGAUGCUAUUAAUUUA